AUGCUGCCGAAACUCACUUUCUUAUUCGUCUUUGUCACUCAGGCUGUAUCUCAACAAGUCAGAAUAUUCAAUAAAAUCCCUCAGGAUGUAAAUCAAUGCGUCAAACCAUGUCUUUUUCGGCCCAACAACGCAAACACCGACGUCGGCGGUGUGCUGGACUGCGGUACACCGUAUAAGCAAGAUUGUUACUGCGCAACCAAUAAAGACAAAGCGAAACUCGUCAGUGAGCACAUCGACACUUGCGCCCAGGCAAGCUGCUCAGCAGGAGUCGAGUCGCAAGAUGCGUCGUCUAUGAGAUCAUAUUAUGCCUCUUAUUGUAUGGAAAAUGGAUACACAGCGGAUGUGAUGACAGAGUGGUACACGGGUACUGUCAUUGCGGAGGCUACAAAAACAUAUGACAAUGUAUGGGGAUGGUCUUCAGCGACGAGUACUGGCAGAAGAAGCGAAUUAUUUGAUGACGAUGAGCGGGAGUCUAUUGUUGAAAAGGAUCGGAAAGAAGACGGCGGCGCAAAAACCUUUUACAAGCGACUGCAAAUCAUGAGACUGCGCUGUUACCAAUUGUUGUAA